AUUAAAAUUUGAAAAAUAAAAACAAGAUAAACACGACUGAUUUAAUUGUUAAUGUAUAUUUAUUAUUAAAUUGACUGUGCAUUAAUUAUAACACGCUGUUAAAAUAAAAUAAAAAAUGUGUAGUCUACGCCUAAAAAAAAUUAUAAAAAUAGUGUGUACUCAUCAUUUUAGUUCUUUAGAAAAAAACCGCUCAUAUUACUUUACGAUAAUUUUCUUUAUAAUUUGUAAUCUCACACGAUUCUUACAUAAUAAAUAAUUAAUUAUACUUAUAUAUGAAAGACGAUGAGUUUGUAAUCAUGAGCAAAUUUCGUCUUAAAAAAACUUUUGCAUAUAUAUGUAUCGGUUUGAAAAAUGUUAAAUCUUAUUGCGUCUUGAUUGUAAUAUGCAUUCCUGAUUUUAUCUAGUCUGAAAAUUGUACAUAAUGUACGCAAAGAAGGUACGCAAAAAGUAAUCGAUCUAAUUUGUAAACAGAUUUAUAAAAGAGAAUGCGAGAAUGCGUUAUGAUCAGACAUGAAUAUUGUAAAACUCUUUGAAUAAUCGAAAUUAAAUGAAAGUAGUCAGAGUUGAUUACCAUAAAAUAAAAGAUAUUCCUUUAUGGAUAUUUCUUUACUAAGACUGAUGACCUCGUAUUAGAUCAUUACGCAUACAAAUGAGGCGUUACGUAGAAAAACGAUUAAAUGUAAAUUAUUAUACCUUGUACUCUCUUGCAUAAUGUAUUAUGAGGAUCAACACAUAGAGGAUUAAUGAUACUGCAGUUGAAAGAUGGACUAAUAUAAUAUUAUUUAAAUGUAAAUGAAACCUAAUGCCUAAUGUACUAAACUUUGUAAAUCGCAAGACUGGACAUUAAGGAAUGCCGAAUAAUAUAUAAAUUAAUUAUUUAUCAUUUUUAAACAGCUACAUCGAAGACUGUGCUCUAUUGCACAUUAUAUACAUUGUAUACCGAUCAUUCUUCUCUGCAAUAAUAUAAAUACAAAUUUACAUCAUGCAAGAUACAAAUGGUAUGAGUUGAUCGCUCAUCUGUCUCUAUAGUAACGAAAAGAAAAACAUAACCUGACAGAACAGAAUUGUGCGAAUACAAUUUAUAGUAUUAUUCUUCAUUGUUUUAAAAACAAUGUCUGCAGAAAAUCGUGAGGAAUCUAUGCGGGAAACUGCAUUACGACUCGCUAUAGAAGAAGAAAACAGACGCAAGACUGAUCCAAACGAAACUCACGAACGAUCCAUUAUUGUCCUUGGCAGCAAGGGAAUUGGUAAGACAACAAUGGUAUAUCGAUUUCUAGAAAAAGACGAAAGGCCAAAACCAACUAUAGCGAUGGAUUAUUCGUUUGGUCGCAAAACUGUGAAAAGUUUAGUGAAAAAUAUAGUGCACGUGUGGGAAGUGGGUCACUUGGCUUCCUCUUUGGUAUCCGUCGCAAUGACCGGAUCUACAUUAACAAAUUCCCCUCAUCAUACUGUGUUAUUGAUGAUGCUGGAUUUAUCACGACCAGAAGAAUUAUGGAUUUCUUUCGAGGAAAGCCUUUCUACGCUACGAAACGGUUUAAAAAUGAGUUAUGAUUCCGACGUAAUUCAAGAAUUACGGGAAAAAAGAAUAGCAGAUAGAAAAAAAGAGUUGGAACGCGGAGUUGAUCCAUUCCCGAUGCAGAUAUGUAUCUUAGGUGGACGAUAUGAUGAAUUCAAGGAAUUCGACUUGGAUAAAAAAGAAUUUAUUGGCAAGAUACUGAGAGCAAUAGCUCACCAUCUGGGUGCAAGUCUUUAUUAUUAUUCGUCUAAAGAUAAAUUUCUCGUACGACGACUUAAGGAUCUAUUAUCUCAAUACGGAUUCGGUUCUUCACCCACGGAGGAAAAGUGCAUAGAUUACGAGAAGCCAUUAAUGAUGCCGGCGGGCGUGGAUUCUUUCGGACGAAUCGAUUUGCAGUUCCCUCAAACGAGACCGUCGGCAAUUUUAGACACUAUCAAACAGAUCUAUAUAUCUCGUAUACCGCAAGUAUCACGGAACGACGAAAGUACUUUGGAGGACCCUAGCAAUGACCCUAAUUUUAACGAGCCCAUUAUCGAUAGACUGAGAAUGCAGCGAGAAGAGGAGAUCAGUGUACAAUUGAGUGACAUGAUGGAAGGUCGUAUGCCAAAAAUUCCCGUGCCAGAUCCAAUUUAAAGGCUAUAUCUAUUUUCGUUAUUUACUCUCUGCGUUAUUUAAAGCAAUAAGCGGAAGCACUGAGAUAAUGUACAAUGUAUCUGUUCAGUGGAAGCUAUAAUAUAUAAAAAUUAAUUUUUAAAAAUA